AUGUACAAGACAAUCUCCUCCCUCGGUGCCAUUGCGGCUCUUGCUGCUACGGCCACUGCCCACGGCACCGUCACAGGUGUCACCAUUGAUGGUGUCUUCACCGGUGGCUUCAAGCUGGACUACUACUACGCCAAACAGAACAAUGGUCCCAUCCCCGAGCACAUCGGUUGGUACGCAGAGAACCUCGACAACGGCUUUGUAGAGCCAAACGCGUUCGGUACCGCAGACAUCAUCUGCCACAAGGCUGCCAGCCCCGAGGGCUCCUCCGACACCCUCGCCAAGGUCGCCGCCGGUGGCACUGUCGAGUUCCACUGGACCGUCUGGCCUGACUCCCACGUCGGCCCCGUCAUCACCUACGUCGCUCCUUACGCUGGCGACGUCGCUGCCGUCAAGAAGGAGGAGCUCAAGUGGACCAAGAUUGAGGCUGCUGGCUACGACAAUGGCGAGUGGGCUGCCAUCAAGCUGAUUGCCAACAACAACACCUGGGCAGUCACUGUUCCCGAGACCCUCGCUGCUGGCAAGUACGUCUUCCGCCACGAGAUCAUUGCCCUCCACGGAGCCGGCCAGGUCAACGGCGCCCAGGCCUACCCCCAGUGCCUCAACAUCGAGGUUACCGGCUCCGGCACUGUUAAGCCUGAAGGCGGCGUCGCUGGUACCGCACUCUACACCGCUGAGGAGAAGGGCAUCGUCUUCGACCCCUACGCCUCCACCAUCAACUACCCCAUCCCCGGCCCCCCUCUCUUCGCCGGCGCAUCCAGCGGCUCGCCCACCACCCCCACCACCCCUGCCGUCUCCGCUGCUCCCUCCGGCAACGCCACCGUCCCCGUUGAACCCUCUGCCAGCCCUUCCCCCGUCGCUAGGCCCGAGGCUGAGACCCCUGAGCCUGCAAAUGAGCCAGAGACCCCGGCUACUUCUCCUUCUCCUGCCCCUGUCUCCAGCCCUGCCCCUUCCACUGGUGGCCAGGACUCCGGCGACCUCCCUGAGCAAUUCACGCUCGAUACCUUCAUCGCCUGGUUGGAGCGUAAGGCUUCGGGUGCCAGCUCUGCGCCCAAGGCUCGCCGUCAUGCUCGCGCUCUCUUUUAG